UAGUGGUCUAGUCACGGACGGCAUAACAACGUUGAAAGGGUCGUCGGAACCGUUCGCCGGUGCAACCAGUGCAGGUAUCACGACUGCCGUCAUACCGACCGAUACCGCGCAAACUCAUCGCAGGAGGCGUUUGGUGAUCGGUUACCACGACCGCAGUUUACAGCAACAGGAGCAACACGUGAUCGCCACCUCCGCCGCCGCUGCCACUGGUUGCGACUUGUGCGACAUCAGCGAUCACCACCACCACCACCUCCACCACACCGGCGUAUCCGUUGCAGCAACCACCGCUGUGGUCGAAAACUUUACGGUUCAGUUGACUCCACAUUCAUUGACUGCGCCUCCACAACUGCCACCUCCACAGUCGCAGUGCUCUUGUUACUCUUUUCCAGAGGAUCAGCACCAACCGUUACGUCCGUCGAUCGGACCUGUAAGAUUCCGCGGUAACUGCAGACUGGCUGUCAGGACGUUGCCGUACCCACAGCCCCAACAGCUUUCGCUUCCGGCCACCGGCGUGACGCGUAACCACCACCUCCACUCACAACUGGCGGACGGCCUCUGUCACUGUCGCGUCGCCACUGCAUUGGCUGCCAAUCAACACCAGCAUCAGCUGUCGCACCAACAGAUGCUAUUCGUUCCGUUUUCCAUGCCCGCCAACUACGGCAAUCACAUCGCGUGCCCGGCACAGCCAACUGCCCCUGCUGGUGGCGGAUCGGCAGCCGCAGCAGCCGCCGCGGCCGCCGCAGCUGCGGCUGUGGCCACGUUGUCCAACGGUGGUAACCCGAACGCAGUCAGCCCGUCAGCCGCAGCCACAGCUAUCGUGAACGGCAACGCAACGGCCGGACUUAAGGAAAUGAAACUAAACUGGGUAUCUUCUCCAGGACCUCAGCUAAAAGCCGACACAAGUAAACACCAUCACAUUUUCGUUGGUGACCUGAGUCCUGAAAUCGAGACGCAAACACUGCGAGAAGCUUUCGCGCCUUUUGGUGAAAUAUCGGAUUGUCGAGUAGUACGAGAUCCACAAACGUUAAAAUCAAAAGGCUACGGCUUCGUGUCGUUUCUGAAAAAAGCUGAAGCCGAGAGUGCAAUCGCUGCGAUGAACGGUCAAUGGCUAGGCAGCAGGAGCAUAAGGACAAAUUGGGCGACCAGAAAACCGCCGACGUUAAAAACCGACUCCAACACAAAACCGCUGACGUUUGACGAAGUUUACAAUCAAUCGAGCCCGACCAACUGUACCGUGUACUGCGGCGGACUGACCAGCGGACUCACGGACGAACUGGUGCAGAAGACGUUCGCUCCGUUCGGUAACAUCCAAGAGAUACGGGUGUUCAAAGACAAGGGUUACGCAUUCGUUCGAUUCGCCACCAAAGAAUCGGCUACACACGCUAUAGUGGCCGUCCACAAUUCAGAUAUUAACGGACAGCCGGUCAAGUGUUCGUGGGGCAAAGAGUCCGGUGAACCGAUCGUCUCGCAAAACGCGUCUCAAGUGUGCUCGUCGCAGGCGGCACUCAGCAGCACACAGUUCCCGUACACUGCGGCGGCGUACGGUCAGCAACUCGGUUACUGGUAUCCACAGAGCUAUCCGGCCACACAGCUACAGGGACAGUUCCUGCAAGGCGUCCAAGGUUACACGUAUGGACAAUUCGGCUAUCAACAAGGGUAUCUUGGCCGGAUGGGAAUGCAAGCACUGCCGACGGGAGCGACAACCGCGUGGACUCAACCAGGGGCUCUGCAACCGGGCCAGCAGAUCGCAUCAGCCGUAGCCGCUCAACAGUCGGCGCCGGCACCAGCUCCGCCACCAGCUGCCGCUGCCAUGAUACCGGCUUAUCCGACGCUCCACCAGUUUCAGAUAGCCGACGAAGAGUGGCUUACGCCGAGCCUGCUGGUCUGAGGACGACUGAAUUCUGGAGCCCAAAAACGCGAUACGAUAAUUCUUCCAAACUCCGCCUUCUGCUACACACAUAGUCAAGCCAAUCAAAUUUACAAAACCCCGAAAGCCCUGCCGGUGUACCGAACGAAUUGUAAAUAAAUCAUUUGGGGAUCCAAAAAAAAAAUAAUAAUAAUAAUCAAUAUUAUAUAUAUAUAUUAUAUUAUACGAGCCGGUAUAUUAAUGUAUUAUUAUUAUUCGUUUGUACGAUGUCGAAUCCCCCGAUGGGUCGCGUUCAGUUAUAAAAACAAUAGAUCGCUAACCAAAUAAAAAAACGUAACAUAUCAUCGAUACGAGUGAUGAAGAAUUGUGAUAAAAAAAAAAAAAAUAAAAAAAAUCGAUAACUAAACAAUAUAAACUAAAAAAAAAUAUAUAUAUAUAUUUAGUCAUAAAAUAUUUAGUAGAAAAGUUAACGAUGGAUGAUAUACAUAAUAAUUGUGCUUAUAUGCUCAAAAAACAAAAAUAAUAAUUAAAAGUAACUAAAAAUGAUUUAAUUAUAUGUUAUAAUAUACAAUACUGAUAAUGAAAUUAUUAAAAAGUAUAGGAUAUCGAUUGCCAAACGAUUUUUUUUUAUAC